GAGGAGGACAAGGGAGACCGGUCCAGAGCCACGCCUCGCUCUUUGUACAUGCUUCUCCACCUCCUCACCGUGGCCUUCACUGCGCAAGACGGCCCUCCAAACGACUGUUUCUCCUGGUGCCUCCCGUCUCUCCUCGGGCCGACCGCGUCCGCCAUCCCGGGCGUGGCGCCGCCGGCGAGUGAUGAAGCAGCAAAGCGCAUCCUCGGCGCGUCAGCAAAGAGCAUAGGCGACGUCGGAGAGUACCUCGACUGCGUGCGCAUCACAAACGGCACGCACGAGCCUAUCGCUGCCUAUGCGCUGGCGCGCUUCUCGCUGCCGCUCGGCGGGGCCACCGCGUCGCCGACCGCCGGCGCCUCCCAGCAUUACGGCUGCUGCGUGCCAAAGGCGUGCGGCGCAGAAGAGCUCGAGCGAGGCUUUCGGGUCACUCUGCCGAGUAAGCUCAAAUCCGCCACCGAGACGGCCGCCAAGACCGGGGCCGCAUUGGACGCCAUCGCCGCAGCGAUCGACGGCCUCCCGCGCAACAGCAGCUUUUCGGCGGCGGCGGCGGCGCUGCGGCGCGACGCGGCCACAGCGAACCAGUCGCACAUGCCGCGGGCUGCCGCGGCGCUCUCCGCUGCCGCA